AUGGUUAAUUUUGAAAUAUAUCCGAGGCUCGUAGGUAAGGAAAAAGUUAUGAUCAAAUAUUCCAAGGAGAAUUUGGAGUUCAGGAUCCAUAAAGUGUAUGAUACAGAUAAUGAUUUCCAGUUCCAUUUGAUUUACCUCAAAAAAUUUGAGAAAAUCGAUCCAUUGGCAAUUCAGAAUUACAUCCUUUCCCUGUUUCAAACGCCUUCAGAAGUGAAACUUGUUGAGAAUGAAACUGUACAACUUCAACAAAUUCCCAAAUUAAAAAAUUUGAGCAGUUGUUUUAUUCAAAAGGAAGAAGUGGAGGCAAAAGAUUUUGAAAACUUUAUAAAAUCCCAUCCAAGCUUGAAAGGGGUUGCUGUCGAUGGUCAAAUCAAUGGAGAAUUGGAUGAUGACGUGGAUAUUAGCGGAAUUCGGAAUCUGAUGUUUUUAAAAGCUAGGAAAGCAACAGCUAACAUUCUGAAGAAUUUCAAAAAGUCCGUUUUAAAUUUGAAAGAGGCCCAAUGCGAUAACAGCCUGCUUAUUGACGUAGUGAGGAAAUGGUAUAACAAGGAAGCUUAUGACCAACUGAAGCUGAUCACUGUUAUCCUAAAACCAGAAUAUCAAUUCGAUACUGUAGACAGACAACGAUCAAUUGAACAUGUUCGAGAGUUUGAACCGAAACGAUCGGAUCCGAAAAGAAGACCAAAAGAAUACUGGUAUCAACAAGAAUACAUCCCUCUCAAAGUCGGCGAGCCCAUGACUGCGGGUAAUCAAUUGGAUAUUGAACAGAAAAGCGGAGGAAAGCUAAUGAAAAUCCAUCGGAAAUCUAGAAAAAUCGAGAAAAUUUAG